GGUCUCUUAGUUCCUUUCGUCCAUAACUUGCUCUGUUUCGUUUCCAACUCAAAAAUUGGUCAUGAUUAUGUGGAAAGGCCUGAGCUGCCCCCAGGAUGAUUUAUCAGGUCUAUGAGGGAAGCCUUGAAGCUUGACUAGCAAUGGAAAAAGGCUGAUGCAUGUACAACCUCCGUUCUUCACGGCUGGGUAACUGUAACUAAGAGGCCCAAAUAAUUGGAUAGCGACGUGAUUAUUUCCUAGUCCCUUGCUGGAUCAUAAACGGUCCGACACAAAGUGCGCACCCAAGGGUUGGCAGUUUCACUUUCCAGAUCAUGAUCAAACCCGCAUCAACCUAUGUGAGCUCCCGAGAAGCAAUGAGGAGGGAAAUAUUCUUGGAGUUCUGCGGCGUGAUCUCACAAGGGCUGUGCUCUGCAACUAUUGAGCGUCAAACUCCUGCAGGAACUGUCGCGUUCAAAUUCAUUUGCAUCAAGUAAUCAUCAGGGCACAUCAUACGCUUUGCCUCUAUAGGAAACCUUUAUAACCUUGGCUAUGGCCACGAUGAAUUCAUAGCGGGAUGGGGCCAGCGUUACUGUCAUCAUAAAAAGCAGCAAGCUAUUGCUGCCGCUGCUAAAGUGCCGUUCAUCCAUACAUUCAUCAAAUCGCCCGUUGUGCCCUGCGACUCUUCCAACAUGCUUAGGCUUCCAUCUGUACCGAUUCUAUGGCGCAAUUGGAGUCAGAAGAUCUCAAAGCGCAACAAGUACUUUGCGAUUCUAGUUUUCGCAGUGGUCGUAGCUGCUGUCGCCCUUGCUGAGGGACUGAUGGCCGACGCAGCAGCCCAGGAAACUGCAGAUAAAGUUGUGCAAAGUAUUGUGCAGGGUCAAAGCGGGGCUGUAUUACUAGGGAACAUUUACAAUAUCGACAUUCCUUCUCGCUCUGUUAGCAUCUCCUGGCUCGUUGUCGGGUGCGGAGAAUUCCAGUCAAGCAAUGCGUCCACCUCUGGCUUCAUUUAUGCUCCAAACUGCAGCCGUCUGAACGGAACUGUCGAUUUUUAUGUAGAUGGCUCUUCCGAUCCAACGGUUACCUCGGAUUCUGCGUUGUAUCCCUUCGACCAAAGGACAGGACAAAGUCUGUUCGUUCAAAGUGUGCAUGCAUUUGAGAGUACCGGUCGCCUUGUGUUGUACGCAUGGAAGGGACUUGACCAGGAAUUCGCAUAUCCAUUCGAUGGUUACCAGAUGGAGACUACCUUCAUCGCUCGGGACAGCGACACAGGACAGACCCUUCCUAUCCUUGGCGCAAGGAUAGUCAGCUCUACGAACAACAUGAACUUUUUCCUUCGGUAUGACAGGGCAACUGUACAGUAUAACACUACGAGUGGCGAGACAUCCUCCUCACGCACCAUGGAACUCGCACUGGGAAGGAAUGGGUUUACGAAGGCGUUCGUUGUGACGUUGUUCAUCGUCAACUGGGCUCUGACCGCUGUUUGUGCCUAUAUCACUAUUUCUGCUACUGUUGGAGAUAAUCUCUCGGAGUCCAUUGUUGUCCUUCCGCUUUCUGUUAUCUUGACUAUCCCCGCGCUGCGAGCUCUGUGGAUAGAUGCCCCUGCGUUUGGUUUGUUGCUUGGUAUGCCUGUGCUUUUGAUUAUCUGUCAUGGUUGUUCACGUACAUGUCUACCAGAUGCUUGCGGCACAUUCCUUCAAAUGGUCAUUGUCUCUUUCUGUUCUCUUUUCCUCAUCAUCGUAAUAGGAAUGCAGAAGCAGAAAGAGGCCGACAAGGCCAUGUUACAAGCGGAAGAGGGUCGGAAAAAUCAACAAAAACAAGCAGAUCAAGUUACUAGAACUCCAUCAGAGAAGGGAGAUCUUGCUGUACGCGAUUUGCCCACAUUGCAGAGGGCUGUUUAGGCCCUGGCGUAUUGCAAUUUAUGAGGGCUCCCUCUGGCUACACCAAAGUUCCACCAGACUCGCAAGACUAAGUGCAUGGGUUGGAACGAUUAUAACGACGUUAUGACCAUUGACGCAUUAGGACGAAAUAUAAGAAGCAUAAUGUCGGACUCUCUGUAUAUUUAUCCUGGUGUAGCAUCUCCCCCACUCAAGCUUAGCUUUGAUAAUGUAUUAUCGGCGUCCGCAUAUCUUAACGGACUAUUGUACAACAAUAAAACUGUCAUAUACAUCCACAAUGCAAAGCGAAAAUAAUAAAGCUAAAAAGUCGUAUGCUACAA